GAGGAGGAGGAGGAGGAGGACAUCCCGGAACUUUACUUGCUGUCCGACGACGACCUCUCCUCUGAGGGCUCGGGGAAGUCGGUGGAUUACGGCUUCAUCACCGCCGUCACUUGCCUUGUGACCGGCAUCUCUUUGGUCGCCAUAUCCUACACGGUCCCCAGGGACGUCCGAGUGGACCCGGACAGCGUGUCCGCCAGGGAGAUGGAGCGGCUGGAGAGAGAGAAAGCCAGGGUAGGAGCCCAUCUAGACCGGUGUGUCAUAGCGGGACUGUGCCUGCUCACCCUCGGGGGUGUGCUGCUCUCCACCCUGCUCAUGAUCUCCUUGUGGAAAGGGGAGAUGAUGAGGAGGAAAGCCUUUGCCUAUUCCAAACACGCAGCAAAGUUGUACGGCUCGAUCAAUUUGAGAGCAGGCUCCAGCCCGACUCGGGAAUCCUGCUCACAUUUGUCAGCGGCUGAUGAGGAUUUAGAGGUGCUCAGCUGAAUUUAUGGACAGGACAAGCGGAAAGACUCAGAAACUGCUUAGAAAAUCCUACCAAUGCUGUCCUAUAAUCGGAGAUGUGGUUGGGGUUUAAUGCCUUUUUUAUUUCUAACAGCUGAGGCUACUUUUCUGGUUGAAAGAAAAAAACCUUUUCAAAGGAUAUAUUCACAUCUAUCCAAGUCUGUCAUAAAACAAUUUUCACAUGCCCAUAUGUACAUUGCAGAGUUCUGGGUUAUUGUUCCUUCUGUACACUGGCUGUUAAAAGAGUACUCAUAACAUUCUCAGACUCACAUUGAGAUGAAUAUGGUUUUUUUAAAGGAGCAAAAUCUGUUAAUUUAUUUUUGUUUAUUUUUUUUAAUCUUUUGGUUUAUUUAACAGGGGCAGUGCACAUGAAUAAACAUUAGAGUAAGCCAAGAAGCUAUUUUCAUCUGCAGUCCCUGGAAAAAUGUUAAAAAGUCACCCUAAAAAAGAAUAAAAUACUUAAAUUUAUGAAGUUAUUCGGAUCAUUUAUGAGCCUUUAGAGCAAUAAUAAAGAGAGAAGAGCAUGUUAAUGUUAAAAAAUACAGGACAUUAUACUACGUUUCAUUGUCAAGUGCUAAUUAAAACAUGCAAGACAGAAACCACAAUACUAAUGCGAUGAAAUGUAAUAGGGAAUAUUCAUGUUUAUAGAAAUACGGACUGAACAAGAAAACAUUGUGCUGCUAAUUAAAACAUGCAAAGCAGAAUCACAGACAUAAAAAGUACAUACAAAAUAUCAGUCCCUCUGGCACAAUUAAAGCAAAGCCACAAUGCAUACCAGAGAUAUUGUGUUUUUUAUUCCACUCAUUUUUGUUCCCUUGU